AGAUAAGCUGGCUAGCCCGUUUUCCUGUGAUUAAUUCAUCCCAGAUUUCUAUUUAGUAGUUUAUUCAGUUAGCAGCACAGCUGAAACUCCUGAAAAAUGCUAAAUGUGUCUCUGCAGCAUAGAAUGCUGGGAAGCCAGCUAGAGUGAAGGAGCAGCUGAAGCUGGAUCACAUGAAGAGCAGAGGAAGAGAUCAGGGAAACUGCAAUAAACCUGACUUCAGGAUGUUGGAGGAAGAAGAUCCUUUUCUGAAUGUUAAAAGAUCUCUGAAAAAGAGAAUGGUGAAACACAGCACUCCAGUGGACUCAAUGCUUUCAAGAACAAUGCCAUCUCUUACAGAUCUGACAAAUCAGUCAAUUAAGGACCAAGAUGCCACUAAGAGAAUUUAUGGAUCUCCAGUGCCAAAGUCAAAUCUAAGUAGAACAUUAGCUCAAGUAUCAUCAGUACGUGUUGAAGCAUACAUCCCUCGUAUGUCCCCAAAAGAGCUUUCAGCAGCGUUUGACUCACAAGAAUUGAACAAAGAGAUAAACCAAAGCUCUCAGGUUGUAUUUUCUAGAAGAAGGCUUUCAACAGUGUUGGCCUCUGAUGAAUCAAAUGAAGAACCAAGUGAUGAUGUUGUUGCAAAUGUAGAGACUCAAGCUCCCACCAAAUCAUCUGAGGAGGCUACAGUAACUUCCAAGAGUGGACCUUCACGGCUUGUUACUGGAAUACCAGGGAUAAAAGAUCUGCCAAUAGUAAAAAGCAGAAAGAAGAAAAUUGAUAAAGCUCUUGUGAGGAAGAAACAAAGAGAAUGGCUUCUUCGACAACUUAAAAACAUUCAGGAAGCAACUGAACAUGAACUGACAAUUGAAGAAGCUUGAUUUAACUACUUAUGGAAUUAGUGCUAUCACAUUCCGCUUGUGGGAACAGCUGGUUCAGAUAAAUUGCACACCUAACUAAAGUGCCUGUUAAACUCACUCUUUCAUUCCAAAGUGUUCUUUUUGUUUGUUCAUUUUGUGAUUAUUUCUGUCUCUUAAAUCUAGGAAGAGUUGGGUACAAAUUAAGAAGUGCCUGUCCAUAAGAGCCAAUGUUCAUUUAUAAUAGUUGAAAGCCUGGAACAAGGAAGGGAAGGAGAACUUUAUCUAAGAAUCAUUCUUCAUCAUGCCACAGCUCUUUCAAACUAUACUCUUUUGUGUAGUGUUCAAAUCUUCUAGGAUUGCUGACAUUCCUUAAGUGACAAAGUCCUAGUGGCCACACAUAGUGCAAUCACGGUUAGCUAAAGGAGAAUCUCCUCAUCUAAAGAGUAAUCAAAACUGAUGCAAUAGGGAAUGUUUUUGCUGCUAGCUGAGGAGAUGAGGAAAUAGUUAGAGGCACCAAGGAGGGAGGCCAGCCUCUAGAGAUUACUAAUUCAUGACAGUUUGUUUUGAAGUUUUGGUUCAAAAUUAUUUUGCCACUGCCUCUGAUGGUAAAUGCACUUUUCUGAUGCAUUGAAGGUCCCUAAUGCUCAGCUGUGUGUUUUGAGGGGGUAUGGGUUUUCUGUUUUUCUCUGGAGCUGCUGCAUGCAGGGGGAAGAAGGGUAUCUCCUUCACAGCUGUGUUAGUAAAAUAGCAAUUCAGCUCAUAGCAGCUCUUUCUGAAGCACCAGUCAAGAAGUGAUGCAAAAAGCAUAGUGCUCAUCUUAGUUCCUGCUACUGUCUGUUACUUACUCUUUAGGCAGAGUUUAGUGUUUGCAAAGUGAUCUUCGGUAUGUCAGCAGCAGGCACUCGGAACAGAUUUACCACAUGUGCACACGUAGUAUUAUACUUGCGUGGCUCUAGCAUAUGUGCUUUCCCGGCCAUUCUGGUUUUGCAGCCUGUCCUCUGCACUACCUAAUUACCCCAAAGGGGAGCAUCCCUGUUCAAACAAAACUGCAAAUUAAGGACAGAGGCAAGGGAAGUUUUUCCAUUUCCUUUUCAUACACUGAACUUGUAAUAUCUCAUGUCCAAGAUGGCAGAGAAGCCGAAGCAUGGUCCAUGCCAAUGUUAUGAAACAGGCUAACCAAUAGCAGCUGUGUUAUGCUCAAAAAUGCAAAUGGAGUUGUGGUUUUACAAACUCUCUCAGGAUUUAAAAGGAAUCAGGAUGAUUUUGCUAAUGAUUCCUGAAGUGAAAUUUCAGAGUUUCUCAGUAGAACAGCCUUGUCCUCAGACCUGGCUUUCUGCGGUAGCCAGGCAGUGGGGUGAUGUCUCCUCUCAGGUCAACAGCAAAAGCACACUCACAUGGUUUGAUGUUUAGUUAGUGUAGUGUUCUGGUAUUUGUUUGUGUGUGUUACCCAGGCUGCUUGUCUGGCCCUCACAGGUUCCUCUGGCAACCAGGGAGCUCCUGGCUGAUGUAAAUCCCAAGCUGCUUUUGAGAUAAAAUAGGCAUGGUUGCAGAUGUGCAGCUAUUCCCCUUGAGCUUGAAGGCAUUUCAUCAGCAUCUAUGAUUUGUGCCAGGGGCUGAACUAAGAUCAGGCAAGUGCAAGGUUAGCAUAAAAUCCUCCUCUACUCCUAGGACAAGUACAUAUUAGUCUGGCCACAUGACCUGAUGCUUAAUCCAAAUGACCCAGUUCUGUCUUGUUUAUUUGUACCUUCCCAGAUAGCCAGUUACUCUUGUUCCUUCUUCAGGCUUCUCAUCCUGGUCUCAGAAAGUCUUGAUACUGCUUCUGGUUUUCUCUCUACCAAUCACCUCUCAAGGUCAAUCUUGGCUCCUUCUUGAGCCCAUCCAGUUCCUUGAUCUCCAAAUGUCUCCAUCUAAUGUCUUCUCCAAUCUGGCCUCUAGUGGCUUCCUUCCUUAUAAAACAUAGAAGUUUUCUGUCUUCCAUGCCUGGUCUUCACUGCUGAAUUCCUUGUCCAUAUGAUAGAGAAUCACAGAAUGGUUAGGAUUGGAAGGGACCUCUGGAUAUCAUCUAGUCCUACCCACCUGUUAAAGCAGCUUCACCUAGAGCAGAUGACACAGGAAUGUGUCCAGGUGGGUUUUGAAUGUCUCUAGAGAAGGAGGCUCCACCACCUCUCUGGGCAGCCUGUUCCAGCGCUCUGUCACCCUCAAAGUAAAGAACUUUUUCUUCAUAUUCAGAUGUAAACUCCAUUGUUUCAGUCGGUGCCCAUUGCCUCUCAUCCUAUUGUUGGGCACCACUGAAAAGAGUCUGGUCCCAUCCUCUUCACAUCCACCCUUCAGAUAUUUAUAAACAUUUAUAAGAUUCUCUCUCAGCCUUCUCCUCUUCAGGCUGAACAGACACAGCUGUCUCAGUCCUUCCUCAUAAGAAAGAUGCUCCAGAUUCCUAAUCAUCUUUGUAGCCCUCCUCUGGACUCCCUCCAGUAAUUCCUUGUCCUUCUUAAACUGGGGCUCCCAGAACUGGAUGCAGUACUCCAGAUGCAGCAGAGUAGAGUGGGAGGAUAGCCUCCCUCAACAUCCUGGUCACGCUUCCUAACGCAGCCCAGGAUGCCAUUGGCCUACUUAGCCAUAAGGGCACACUGCUGGCUCAUAGUCAACCUGUUGUUCACCAGAACUCCCAGUUCCUUCUCUGAAAUGCUGCUUUCCAGCAGGUCAACCCCUAACCUGUGCUGAUGCAUAGGGUUAUUCCUUCCUAGGUACAGGAACCCUACAUUUGCUUUUGUUGAAUUUAAUUAGGUUCUUCUCUGCCCAGUACUCUAGCCUAUCUAGAUCUUGCUGAAUAGCAGCACAGGCUUCUGGUGUAUCAACCAUUCCUCCCAGUUUUGUAUGACCAACAGACUUGCUGACAGCCUCUGAUACCUGAUGUCAGUCUUCUGCCAAAAAUCAGACUCAGCUGUUGUAUCCCUAAGUGCCUUUGUCUGCUUAGUAUGACCAAGUUAAUGAUGCUAGGCCAAAUGGAAAGGUUAUUAAAGGCCAACUGGGCCAAGUUCCAGCCCUUAGGAGGCCAUAGAUGUAGUUGCUGGGAAAGUCCUUCUCAGGACCUGCUUCAGGCUACAUUGAAUGUAAGAGGAAUCUGGGGAAUAUGGCUGCUUAUAAUCUAAGAAAUCUUUGGGUUUAUGCCAAGUGCAUCCCCAAACUUUCGAAGAUUAAGAACAGCAAAUGGUGGGAAAGUUUUCCAGAAAACAGGGCUGCCACCCUGCCAGAUUCAUGGUAUUAGUUGGUUCCAAUGAAAUCCCAGAGCCUUUCCUCAGUGGAGUGAAAAAAAUUGAUGUUAGUGGUAGCAUAGAAUUGACUUUGACUGGGUCUUUGCAGGUCAUGAAGCUGUAUCACGCAGACAGAUGCACAAAACUAAGGGCUAUCAGUAUUUUGGAAACCACUUCUAUUCCUUGUCUUUGGAGUGUUUAUAAAGAAAUACAGAAGACUGUAUAGCAUCCAUCUCCCACUAAUUUAGGUCCCCAUGAAUUUGCAAAAGUCACAAUAUUGCUCUGGUAGCAUUUCAUGAGAAAAUAUUAAUAGAAUUAAUUGGUGCUUCAGGGGUUUUCUGAAAUGUGUCUGAUACGACAUCAACAGUAUUAUAUUAGGUUGGUGCAAAAGUACUUCUGGGUUUGGAUAAUGAAUUUUAAAUCAUUAUAAUUAGGCUCAAACACACCUUUAUUAAUCAAAGUAGUAACCAUUACAGUCAAUACAUUUUUGCCAACAAGAAAUGUUUGUUUAUUCCAGUACUGUGAAAGUCCAUGCUUCAGGGUAUGACAAACUAUUGGAAAGCAUUUUCUGCAUCCUGCUGGUUGUGGAAGCAUUUUGCCUGCAAAAAAGUGAUCGAGAUGCUUGAAGAAGUGGUAGCUGGCUGGUGAGAAGUCAAGUGAAUAUGGCAGAUGAGGCAAAACUUCAUUUUGUCAACUUUUGAAGCACUGGUUGUGUGACUUGUGGUUGGGCAUUGUUGUGGAGAAGAACUGGGCCCUUUCUGUUGACCAAUGACAGCUGCAGGCAUUGCGGUUUUCAGUGCAUCUCAUCGAUUUGCUGAGCAGACUUCUCAGAUGUAAUGGCUUCGCUGGGAUUCAGAAAGCUGUAGUGGAUCAGAGAAGCAGCACACCACCAAACAGUGACCGUGACCUUUUUUGGUCCAAGUUUGGCUUUGGGAAGUGCUUUAGAUGUUCUUCUCAGUCCAACCACUGAGGUGGUGGCCACCAGUUGUCAUAUAAAGUCCACUUUUCAUCAAUGUCACAAUUUGAUCGAGAAUUGGUUAAUGUGGUGUUUGUUUGUGGUUUUUUUUUUUUUCGUAGAAUAAGAGAAAACCACACUUUAAAAUGACUAUUUUUUAUUUUCAGCCACCUUAUGAAGCACCCACUUACCAAGCUUUUUCACCUUUUCAAUUUGCUUCAUGCAUGGUCAAUGUUGAGUUCUUCAGCAACUUCUCAUGUAGUUGUAAGAGGAUCAGCUUUGCUGAUUAUUCUCAAUUGAUCGUUGUCAACUUCUGAUGGCCAGCCACUAUGCUUCUCAUCUUCAAGGCUCUCAUCUCCUUUGGAAAAUUUCUUGAACCACCACUGUACUGUACGUUCAUUAGCAGUUCCUGGGCCAAAUAUGUCACUGAUGGUCUGAGUUGUCUCUGUUGCUUUAUGACCCAUUUUGAACUCAAAUUAAAAAAUUGCUCAAAUUUG